CACUUGUUCAAGGAGAACAGCAACGUCUUUUUAACUUGAUCUUCUGAGAUACAAAAUUACAGGAAUGGACAAUAGGAGCAGAGUUGUGUACACAGUCGUCAUGGUAAUGGCGUGCAUGGGGAUGGGAGCUGAGGCACAGAACUCCACACUAGCAUCGAAUACAGCAUCCUCAGUAAACAUCUCAUCGACAAAUUGUGGAACCACACAGUUCUGUGCUGCUCAGCCAGCAGGCUGUAACCCAUCUGUGUCUGGAUCCUGUUUCUUCGUCUCAACCAGUUUAAUCUCCGGACAGAACCUUUCAUUCCAGCUUCAAGGACAAUCCAGUGACUACGUCGCUGUAGGGUUGUCCAGAACCAUUAAAACGGGACAAAAUGACUACAUCUAUGUGUGUGCUAACAUCAACAAUACCGUCAAUUUCCUUUCCAUACUUUACAACAACGGAGUUCUGACUCUGACCGACACGCUGUCUUCUAACCUGGUGACUGGCUCAGUCAGUGGUCAGACCAUCCAGUGCAUCUUCUCUGCUUUAGUCCCCAAUGCUACUUCCACCAUGAGCAGCAGUACCUCCUUUUUCAUUUCCAUCUACGCUGGGACCCUGACUAAUGGAGUCCCAGAUAGUCCUAAGGCUGUCUUUAUAAGCACUGCAGCCGUGGAUCUGUCCAACCCCAACGCCACUGCAACCAACAGCCUCAACAGCAACAAUUCUACAACAACCACAACUGGCCGUGCUUUUGGUCUACAACCCACCCUGUCUCAAGCUCUGCUGAUCCUGCUUGGUGGACUAGUUUUCAUCAUGCUGUAAUGUGGAUCUCAGUAGUACACCACUUCACAUUCAGGAAUCCUGGACCUCUAUGGUUACUGAAGCCAACCAGGCUGGGUUCCCAAGAAUGAAACUCCUUCUGAGCUGGGGUAGUAAGACAUUAUCCAACAUAAUGAAUUCAGUAAUAUAAGAUUAAUGUUGUGUUUAUAGUCAAGGCCUUUUAAGGUACAUUUCACCAUUGUUCAACUUCCUUAUCUCCGGCAUUACCCCAACAUCAACAUAAAACAUAAAAGCCUUAUGUUGAUGUUUUGUUGAGAAAAUUAAUGAGAUAUACACCUAAGACAUCCACCAUGUGUAAGACAUUUAUUUUAGCUUUUACUCAACUUUAGUUGAUGUCAAGCUAUGAAGGAAGACACUUUGGUCCAAGUAUGAAUGUGUUUGUGUGUGCGUGGAGUGUAAAUAUUUGCUACAUAUUUGUGUCUAAUGAAGCUGCAAGUUGGCAUAAGCUGAUACUUUUUGUGUGUGCAAGUGUGUUCGAUAAAGUGUGACAAAUUGUUCUUCCUGA